AUGACGCGAAUUAAGCAGGAAAACCCCAAGGAACCUCGCCGAGGCAGCAAACGAGCUGCAGAUCAUUCAGCCGCUAAGCCCAAACGCAAAUCAACUCGUCUCAGUGAUGCUUCAACUGCCCAAGACCUGCUUACUCGCGAUGUUAAGCGCUUAAGACAGAGGCUUAGAGAAGGUCAGUUCCUCUCCAAUUCCAAAGACCUACUUGAGGGCAAACUUGGCAAACUCAAGGAAGAGUUGCAGGCAGCAAAGGAGCCGCCAAACCCCUUCAAUGGCGUGUUCAUACCCUAUAAGCAGAAGGCGAGGCAGGAGGUCCAGAACGCAAAGGCCAAAUUAGAUUUCGUCAAAAAACUACUGAACACCGCGAUCAAGGAACGCAAGAAGACAAAGGCUAAAAAUAACCAGUCCGCAAGCAUAAUACAGGAUUUGCAAGCUGAGCUCAAGCAGGAGAAGGAAAAGUCAAAGGCAGUCAAUGCAGCUUUCGCGAAGUUCGAAGCUGCUUUCACUAGCAUCCAAGGAUAA